GGGCCGGGGGCGGCGCGGCGGGGCCGGGGCUGCGGGCGGCGACGGGGCGCGGAGCACACGGCGGCGGGGACCCACCAUGGGCUGCGGCUGCUGGCGGCUGCUGGGCGUCGUGUGCCCGCUGCUCCUGCACCUCGCCAUGAGCCAGGAGCCCGUCAGCAUGGCGGGGAAGUGCGACACCAUCUACAAGGGCUUCGCCGGCUGCCUCAUCAGCCUGGGGGACAGCAUGGCCCAGAGCGUCCGGCGGCAGCAGGAGGAAGGCGGCGAAGAGGCGCAGGAGCUGGACACCGUUUGCAAGUCCUGGGACGACUUCCACGCCUGCGCCAGCGAGGUGCUGUCGAGCUGCCCCGAGGAAGCAGCCGCCAUCUGGGAAUCCCUGCGCCAGGAGUCCCGCAAGAUCCAGUUCCAGGGGAACCUGCAGGAGCUGUGCAGCGCCCGGAGCCGCCUGGCCAGUGCCCGCGGCUCGCCGGAUGCCGAAACCAACCAGGCCACGCUGCGGGGCUCGGCCACCUUCCUGCGGCCCCAUCUCCUGGCCCUGCUGGCCCUGCUGCUGCCGGUGGCCCAGCUCUAGCCCUGCAGGUGCCCGGGUGAUGCUCCGGGUCGGUCCCCUGGUGCUGGCCGAGCACUGGCACCCGCGGUCUCUGCCGAGCCCACCUCCCGCCCGGGCGUCCCUCGCGGGGCACAGUCCUCUCCUGGAGCCCUUCAGAUGGAUUUAUAUUUAUAUUAAAAGACACUUUUACAUUU